GUGAUUUCUGGUGAGCGAAGAGAAGAGGGGCAUGCCGGUAACAUCCCACAUGCUUGAGUGGCUGCGAAGCGCCAUAGUCACCGGUCCUUCGAACUUGGCCGCACCUUAUCCACACACCUCUUCUCUUCUGAUUCUGAGAACACCUCACAUACACAAAAUCCCUCCUAAACCGGAAAAAAAAACAAGAAGAAGUAGAAACCCACGUCUGCACAGAAAAAGAAACAAUUAUCCUAUUGAGAAAGAAUUGAGUGAGAGAGAGAGAGAUUUAGCAGUUGGAUUAAGAAAGAAGAGCAGGAAAAAAUGUCAGUGGCAUCCUCAAUUCCGUACAUCAAAAUCCCAAACCCUUCAUCAUCAUCAUCAUCAUCUUGCUCCUCUCUAUCUUCCUCUUCAUCAACCUCCUCGACAUCUUCUUACUAUAGGUUUUCAACAACAACUAAGCCUUAUAUUGUGACCAUAAGGAGCUCUCAAGCUGAAGGGCCUGUAAGGAGACCCGUGGCCCCUCCUCUUAGAGAACCUUCCCCGCCUGCAUCACCAUCGCCUCCUUUGAAGCCCGUUCCUCCUUCUUCACUGUCUUCUCCAGUGGCCCCCCCACCCAAGCCAGCUGCUAAGGUGGCUGUGGAGGACAAAAAUGUGAUGACUUUGGAGUUUCAGAGACAAAAGGCUAAGGAGCUUCAAGAAUAUUUUAAGCAGAAGAAGCUUGAGGAAGCAGAUCAAGGUCCUUUCUUUGGGUUCUUUGGCAAGAAUGAGAUUGCUAAUGGGAGAUGGGCAAUGUUUGGUUUUGCUGUUGGGAUGCUAACAGAGUAUGCAACGGGCUCAGACUUUGUUGAUCAAGUAAAGAUUCUUCUGUCCAAUUUCGGGAUAAUAGAUCUGGAAUAACUUCACGCUUGAUCUCAGAGCCAUGGAUACCUUUUGAUCUCUGCAAUUGCCUUCUUCGUCCUCAAAGACACCUAUACGUUUUGAUUUCUGUAAUUUCUGUAGCAUAUACAUUGUUUUGCAACUCCUUCGGUGAUCUAUAUUAUCUCGACUUCAAUAGACAACAUCCAUUUUUAUACAUCAUGAAGAAGAGGUUGUUUCAGCGACAAUCGUUCGCAAGUGGAGUGCUAUCAUUGCAUACUGUUCAUAAUCAAAUUCCGCCUGCUCAUCCCAUUAUUGAUGAAAUUGGGUAACAUACAUUCUGUUUCUCAUCCCUCUGCUAUUAUUUUCUGUUUCAAUUAUUCAUCAUUGUAAUCCAGGGCUUAGUUUUUCCCUUA